AUGGCUCUUUCAGGGUCUAAGGAGUUCGUUGAUAUGCUGCUAGCCCGAGAAUUUACAAGUGCUGAUGGUCUGGUACUUAUUAUGAAUGGUUGUGAUGUUAGUGGACACAGUUUUAAAACGAAUGGUUUUACGAAACCCGUUUUAGUACGGUCAAAGGAUGGCCUAAGACUUAAGGUCCCGCUAGAAUCAUUCUCUCACACAGAUUUAACCAGGUUUAUAGAUCCUAAUAUUCAGGUUGACGUCAUAGAUGUUCGUCAGCAAGUUGAAAUACAAAUGACUCUUCAAGAACUGGUUGAUCACUUUUCCUCACCUAGUCGACAGGUAUUGUUAAACAUGCUGAGUUUGGAGUUUUCAAAAACCAGCCUGGCAAAGUUUGUACAUCCUCCGCAUGUUGUUUCGGAACUUAGUCUUGUCACAACCUGUUGGCCGGAAGAUGAUCCUGAUGAUCUUAAUGAUAUCGAAUUUGUCGACGAGACCGCACCAACUGUCCAAAAAUACUGUCUUUUAAGUAUGAAAGGGAGUUACACUGACUUCCAUAUAGACUUCGGUGGAUCAUCUGUCUGGUAUCAUGUUAUGUGGGGUGAGAAGGUGUUUUACUUGAUACCACCUACACCUGAAUAUGUUUCUGCGUACUGGCGAUGGUGUAUGAGCAGCAACCAUAAGACGAUGUUCUUCCCAGACUUUUUAGCUCGUCUUCAGGAAAAAGAAUCGACUAGUAACAUGAAUAAACCUACUGUUUACUGCCUUCACAUUCUACCUGGUCAAACAAUAUUCUUACCUUCCGGUUGGAUUCACGCUGUCUACACGCCUUCUGAUUGUCUUGUUUUUGGAGGAAAUUUUCUGAGUGGAUUGCACGUACCCAUGCAACUCAGAGUUUAUCGCAUGGAACAAAAAUGUAAAACCCCGAUAAAAUUCCUCUUCCCCAAUUUUGAGAAAGUUCACUGGUUUUAUAGCCAAUGUCUUCUGGACAGACUAACUAAUAACUUGAUUGAUGGCGUAAAUCCCGUUAGUUUCGAUGUAGAGGCGGCAGAUUGUUUGGCUAAAGUUCUUCCUUUAUGGUAUUCUAAGAGACAUUUGCUCCCAACAGAGGAAAGGGAUUACUUUCUUCCUAAUCAAAGUCAAUUAGAUAUGCUGUGUCCACAUCUCAUUGAAAGACUGUCAAAAGUUGUGGAUUCAAUAUUGUCACAUUCAACAAAAAACUCAGGUAUUUUAGCAAAUUAUUCCAAAUCAGAAAGAUUUUCAAAGCAUUCCAAAUUAAAUGGACAAACAAUUGAAAACUGCUCAAAUGUUAAGAGCAUCGGAUUUUCGAACCCUAAAUUAGUUACAAAAAUUAACUGGAAACCUGAAGACAGACAUUUCGGAGGUCUAGGCUGGAUGCCAAGUAGGCACGCUUCUUUCAAAAAUUUACGUGCACCAAAGUGCUUAACAAAAGAAAAUGAGAACAAAAAGGACUUGAUUACUGAUGAUGUGGAGAUUCUUGAAGCACUGCCGGGUUUGGAAAACAGUCGGUUAAUCGGAGAUCAUUAUUAUUUGACGCUAAGUGACUCAGAAAGUGAUGACGGUGACAUCACCUUAACGAAAUCAAAAGCUGAAUGUUCGUUAACAAAACAAAAGAUUGGGACAUCUACUGUAUAUCAAGCAAGUAAAAAAAAAAAGACUAAGAAAAGCGAUGAUGAUCCGACCUGGAAUAUGCCUAAUCUUACGCGUCGUAAAUUCAGUACAACUGAAUGGAAGUCAAAGAGUUCAAAGCCGCCUGUUGCUUCAAAUUUAAAAAAUGUUAAAAAAUCAUUGCAGCAUCCUCUACUCAGUGAGCUUAAUCCAUCAUCGUCAUCAUCGAGCUCGAAUAUUUUAAAACCUGGAGCUCUAUCAACAUUGCAUCCGCAUAUGAUGACAACAGUAAAUUCAAAAAAACCACGAACUAAACACAAUAAAACAACAGUUAGACAACGUCUUGCUAAACAUUUAGGUAUUUAA